AUGCACCCGAAGCAGCACCAGCAUCAUCCCUCCGAAGACCAAGGUAGCCGGAGAGAUGAUGCGCGGCAGCUCUCUCCGCAGGCCAUGACGCUGCCUGAGCUGUUCUCGGAGGCCCAAACGAGCGAUGCCCAUGCCGCCCUUGCCUAUCUGCUCCAUCAGUACAACCACCUCGUGAGCGAGUAUACCCAUCUCGCAUCGCUCGUCCCUGGGCUGGAACACAGCGAGCCUAUCGGACUUGGCGUCGACAUGGCGCCAGCGACGUCUCUCACAGGUCGGAUUCGCAAUCUGCGCCGACGCAGUACCCGCGGUCUGCGGAACGAUUCCAACAAGGCGGUGGUAUACCCUGCCGAGGCGUCCAUGGACGUGCCCAACAUUGUCGAAACCAUGCACACCGUGUCGCCAAAACGCGAAGGCACGCCUGUUCACUUCGGCUCGCAGGUGCACCACCAUUCGCCUCGCAUAUGGCGCAAGUCGAGUGCCCCGUCCAUGUCCCAGCGCAUCCCCGAUUCACCGUCGCAGCGUAUCGUGUCGCGACAGGCGGCGUCACCCCGACUGAGCACGCGGUCGCCUACCAUCGCUCGCCCCCAGCCACGCAAGCCGAGUUCGCGGCCGACGACGCCUCUCGAGGAUGCCACACCGCACCCUGACGUGGUGCCCCUGGCCCAGGCCGAGGUGCAUGUCUAUGGCUCCGUCGUGCGCUCGCUUCAAGGACCGGAUGCCGUCGGCUUUCGCGUCAAACUUCUGCCGCAGCCUGAUGUGCGCCGCCGCUGUCGAACAGCGCGUGCCGUCAUGACAUGGUCGGAUCUCGUCGCUCUGCAUGAGCGCCUCUUGCUGCGAACGCAUGCACCUCCUUUUGCUCUGCCAGAUCGCUCCUUAUUCGAGGCACCGUACACACCCUCACGCCUGUCAGAUCGGAACAAGGCCGUCGCGACGUACCUGCGCUCGCUGCAACUCGCGUCCUCGGUGUCGGACGAUCUUCUCUCGCAGUGCUUCGCCGCUCACACGGCCGUCGAGCCCGACGUCGAUCCCGUGUACGGCACCUGUCUGCUGCAAGAUGACCUGCUUCGCGUCAUGAGCGAUGCGUGGCUCUUUUGCCACUGUGCCCUCUACCACCACGUACUCACGAUCCACGACCCGUCAUCGCAUCACCAGCCCAUCGUCUUUGACCUGCGCCGCACUCGCAUCGGGCGCCAGUAUGAAGUGCCACUGCACGCACGGGACCCAAAUGCACACACCACCCUCAUUGUGCUGCAGCGGACGCAGCAGCCAUCGUCGGCUCCCGUCAAGCUCGCUACCGAGUCGUCGCGGCACCACAGCGAGUGGAUGAGCGCUCUUCUCCGCGAGAGCGAAGACCGCUCACCCGACUCCGCGCACGAAACGGAGCUGUUCUACACGCCCAAAGACACGGACGAAGGCGCCUUUCCGUCGUCGCCGCGUCUCGACCGCCCGACCGUAUCCGUGUCGCCCGCCAGCGACCAAGGACGUUCAUCGCUCCUCAGCCGCUUUUGGUAUGGCACAGAGCCCUCGUCCACCGCACUCCAGCCAGAAAAGCGCCGCUUCUUGUUCGGCAUCCUGCCGCUCGGCUCGUCCGAGGAGGCGCCCACCUCGCAGAGCGUGUUCGGCAUGCCGCUCGCUGAGGCGGUAAAGCACACGGGCAUGUCGAUGGACAGUGCGCCCAGUCCUGUGCCUGUCGUCAUCAAGCGGUGCAUCGAGUUCCUCGACCAGCCAUCCGUGGCAUCCGAAGAGGGUCUGUAUCGCGUCAAUGGCAGCAUGAGCGCCAUCAAGUCGCUGCAGGACAAGUUUACCGCGUCAGGCGACGUGGAUUUCGUCGAGACGCAGCCUUCAGGCAACCUAGACGCUCAUACCGUCGCUGGCCUGCUCAAAAUGUACUUUCGUGCGCUGCCCGAGAAUUUGUGUGGUGACACACUGCCUGACGCCAUGCUCGCGCUCCAAUCGGACAGCCAAGACGACCGCCUGUGUGCCCUGACAAGUGUGCUCGAUUCUCUCCCGCCCGAGAACUAUGCCGUGCUGUGUGUGCUCUGCAAGCAUCUGCACAACGUGUACUCAUUCGAACACGCCAACAAAAUGACGCUCCAGAAUCUGAGCAUCGUGUUCAGUGCGACACUCGAUCUGCCGACGGAAUUGGUUCUCACUCUGCUGCAAGAGUGCCAGCACCUGUUCACAUACCCUGGGUAUCUCGUGGUGAACGACUACGCCGACGAGAAUCCCCCCACAGCCCUGCCUGAGCGCAUCCAGUCCAUGUCGCUACAGCCGCCGCCCGAGCCGCAGCCACGCCGCGGACACUACCAGCGGCUAUCGGAUGCGCCGCUAUACGACCCACGUCACCACGCACCGCGCGCCGACGAUGCGCACGAUGGCACGAGUAUCGCCAGCGAGCGAUCCACGUCCUCGAACCCCUUCCCUCCCGCCUCCACCGUCGCACCAAGCUGA